AUGGCAAUGGCGUCCUCUGCAAGCGUAGCAGUUGGUGGAAGGGGAAGAGGAGGUCGUAUACGGGCCUUAACCAAAUCGAGGAAUGGGUUCAACUUGGAGAUGGAAGUAUUGAAAGACAGAUCGACCAAUGGGAUAGCAAAGAUCCCGAAAAAGGCUACCAUUCCGGCUUUGAAGGGAACGGAGGGAAAUAACUCAGAAAGUCAGGGAGCUGCUUGCGCUCGGGGGAGCUCAGUAACAGGGUCUUCUUUCUGCCUCUGUAUUCGCUACUACUUCUUCUUAGCUCUUAGCUAG